UAUAUAAUUUAUUUAAUUAUUUAUUUUCUUUUUUAGAAAUUAUAAUAAUAAAUAAAGCUUAUUCACACAAUUUAUGAAGUGCCUGGAUAAUUGAGUUGACUGUGUGAUGCACUGGACGACAUGGUGUUAUGUGAUUAUACUUAUGGAAAUAGAAUAGAAUACAACGGGACAUAAUACCUUCAUCAUCAGUGCACUAUUACUCGUUUCCCAUCUUCCUGUAAAACGUGCUGGGAAGAGUCCUUCUCUUGCGGGCUCGCGCAUCCUCAGCUAGAGUGGUCCUGAUGCUGGGACACGUGCGCGCGCAUUACAUCACUUCUCUCCCGCUUGAUUGGCUGGAGGUCAACUCGUCCGCCUACCGUGCAGCAUCCACAGCAGCGUUUCAAACCAGCCUCAUCACCGUCACCAUCCUCACGUUUGAUUUCAUAAUAACAACAAUAAUAAAAAGUAUAAUAAUAAUAAACCGUUCGUGGGUGCGCGCGCUCUAAUCCUCUCGCACUCGUGGCUCGUUUCGAGGAUGGCCGAGAGCGAGGCAGACACGCCGAGCACGCCGAUCGAGUUUGAGAGCAAAUACUUCGAGUUUGAUGGAGUGCGGCUGCCGCCCUUCUGCAGAGGGAAGAUGGAGGAGAUCGCCAACUUCUCCCUCAGAAGUAGCGACAUAUGGAUAGUCACCUACCCAAAGUCAGGCACCAGUCUACUUCAGGAGGUUGUGUAUCUAGUGAGUCAGGGAGCAGAUCCAGAUGAGAUCGGCCUUAUGAACAUCGAUGAACAGCUGCCUGUCUUAGAAUACCCUCAACCAGGCCUGGAAAUCAUACAGGAGCUGACUUCUCCUCGUCUGAUCAAAAGCCAUCUUCCUUACCGAUUCCUCCCCACAGCCAUGCACAACGGAGAGGCCAAGGUGAUCUACAUGGCUCGUAACCCCAAGGACCUGGUGGUGUCCUACUACCAGUUCCACCGCUCUCUCAGGACCAUGAGCUACCGCGGAACCUUCCAGGAGUUCUGCCGGCGUUUCAUGCAUGACAAGCUGGGAUAUGGUUCCUGGUUUGAACAUGUUCAGGAAUUUUGGGAACAUCGUAUGGACUCUAAUGUCCUCUUCUUGAAAUAUGAAGACAUGUAUAAGGAUCUGGGGACGUUGGUGGAACAGUUAGCUCGGUUCCUGGGUGUUUCCUGUGACAAGGCCCAGCUGGAGGGCAUGGUGGAGAGCUGCAACCAGCUUGUCGAGCAGUGCUGCAACUCAGAGGCCCUGUCCAUCUGCAGGGGUCGUGCGGGUCUGUGGAAGGACGUCUUUACAGUGUCUAUGAAUGAAAAGUUUGACACGGUGUACAGACAGAAGAUGGGCAAGUCUGACCUGACCUUUGACUUCUGCCUGUGAGGAGCAGCUGGGCCUCCUCUCUGCCCCCACUGAUCCACGCCAGUACAGUCAACAAAACCCACGCUCCUCCGUCUCCAUCCAGUCAGUCUCAAGCUCAGUGGUACAGUCUGACAGUGGGAUUACACUACAAGACUUUUCCCAGAAUGCAAUCUGUCUCAGUCAACAAGUCAUCACAAAUCGCACCCUCGUGGACAGAUCAAAUUUCUCAAUCAAUAGUUAAACCAAACCUCCCUCAACCCCUACCUCCACAGUAUGUUCCCACUGCUGUCUAUGUAUAUGUGUAUAUAGCGACCAGGGUUAGACCGAUAUAGGUUUAUUAAGUACCAAUAGCAAUACUUUCCAAUGGAAGUAUUGGUCAACACUUAGAAUCAAAAACUCCUACAAUAUGGCCAGAUUUAUAACAAGGAUUCAAGCUACAUGCCUAUAUUUUUGACUGAAAUACAAAGAAAAUAUGUCUGGACAGAGCAGAUGGAACAGACGGCCAGUUCAGCCAUUCACUGUUUUUUGAUGUGAUGUUGUCCCACUUAAGGAUGCAGUCUCUGUAUUCUUUGGCUGAUACAUAAAGACCUGUGUAUGCUUAAAAUGGAUUUUGUCUGGUCACAUCUACAGGCACAAGCAUUAGUAACAUUAAAAGGCAGGGCCUAAAGCCUGAUGCCAUAGGGUCAAGAUGUGAAAGUUGUGAGGUAAUUGUGCUGCAGUUACAUGCUGGAGGGCUAUUUAUUGUUGACCAGCCAGAAAUAUCUUUGUGUAGCCUCACUGGCUGUAUCCCAAUGUCAAGGGUCCUUCCUUGGUAGGAUCCUUCCUUCAGAGUCGGGUCCUCCAGAGACGAGGCCAGAGUCCUUCUAUGACUGGUGUAACGCACAAAUAGAACAGCCUUCAGAGUGCAGGUGUGCGUCAUUGUGUAAUUUGACGUUCUGCCUAAAUUCAGCGCUGCAAUCUCAAAACCAGUUCAUGACAUGGUUGUGGCUUUGCCAUCAGCACUUUUCCACAUAUUUGUGAAAAGAAGAAGAACUAUAUUUGGUAACUUCAGUGGAUAUCAAAAUGGGGUCCCCAUGUCUCUCUGUGAGGUUGUAGAACCACAUGGAUUGGAUUUCUUCCAGCUCACAGACAGUGACACCAUGAAAUCUGACCAAUCAGUAUGAUAAUAAUAUAAUAAUAUUAACUUUAUUGACCUUGACCUCCAACGUAAAAAUGAAAAAUGUAGAAAAAAAAUCUGCAAGAAACAGUCGUACAAUUAUUCUUCAGUGACUUGUACGAGGAGAACUUAUUUCGAGAAAAAAAUACAAAUUUACUAGAUUAAAGUGGCAAAUCUGCGCAAAAAAAGUUGCAGAUUUAAGAGUUUUAAAGUGGCAAAUCUGCACAAAAAAAGUCACAGAUUUAUGAGAAAAAGAAUGGAUUAAAAACAACUUUUUUCGUGCAGAUUCACCACUCUCUCAAAAUAUUACCCCCCUCCCCCGGGUCCGUAUGUUUUUUUUACACAUUCCUCAGUCCACAUUCUGGUAGUAUGUAAUAUCCUCCAAUAUUCUCUAGGGUUGAAAUUUGGAAUUUGCCAGUAUUUCAAUGAGUGCCCUAUUAAUAGUUAAGGUUGAAUCUCCACGAUUUAGCAAGUAAAAGCCACAAAGUGGCCUGAAAAGCCUGAAUAUUUCACUGAUACUGGCUGAAUUUUCCCGCUACUUAGUUUCAUAAAAGCAGCGGAGCAUAACUCACCAUGGAGAUGUGUUCUGUGAUGUUUUAAAUUUUAUUUUACAGUACAGGACAAUAACAGUUAUUUAUAAAUAACAAUAACAGAUAAUAGCAGGCUGUUGGUCUUUUAACACAAUAAACAAAUGUAUAACUUUCUGAAUGGCAUAGCUACGUGUACUUUACACAGAGUACAUCAUCUGACACAUAUAUAUGAAUUAACAAUAACUUUAGCGACUGAGGCGGCAUUAAUUAACUUAACUGGCAAUGUAUCAUGAUGACGUUUAUCAUCUUUUAGCUAAAUAUUCUGUCAUUUGUUUAUGCAUAUGUUUUGCUUGAAUUUGAACACAAGUUUUGUAAAUUAUGUGAUAAGAUUCAGUGUCAACUGAAAAUACUUACAUUAUAUAUAAGUAUAAGUAUAUUUAAAUUCAUAUUGCGUCGGUUGCGUCGCUGUUUCUUCGCUCGUCAUUUUUAAAUCUCCUGGUAGACCGGUGUGCACGAUGCUUUAUGGGUACUGGGGCGCACAAAGUGUACACACAUGCAAACUUGGAAUUUGGGCAAAAUAAGGACUCUGUCCUCUGGAGGAUCCUGGACAUUGGGACAGUCCUUUAGUGGAUGUUAAUAACAUAGUAUCCUUCAGAUUCAGCCGUUUGAGGAUCCUUCCUUGACUUUGGGAUACAACCAAUGUCUUCCGUUGGCUGUUAGCAAGCUAAUAUUAGCUAUAUUUAGCAAGCUAAUGUUAGCUAUGUGUUAGCAAGCUAAUGUUAGCUAUAUGUUAGCAAGCUAAUGUUAGCUAUAUGUUGGCAAGCUAAUCUUAGACAGUCCUUCAGCAGAUGUUGAUGAUGUAGAA